AUGUCGUCAUUACCUUUGAACGCUUCCCCUCUAGCCGUCGAGGUCGCUCCAGUGGUUGAAGGACUGUCUUCCCCAUUUCGAGUUGAUCUUCCCAACACUCUCAGCUCACCGUAUCAUGUAAUCGACAUAUCCCCUUCACCGCCUCCGCCUGUGCUUAUGAACGCCCUCGGUCAAUUCGACGAUGCUCCCUCGCCAGAGGCCGCGAUUGCCUCCAUAGACACCACUGCCGCGAUCGCCAGCAAACUACCCGACAAGAUCAAGUCCAUCUCUUCAUCUAGAAUAUCUUCCGCCCCCAAGAUUGGCCUCGGCCUGGGAAUUGAUACUGGUGGAGGCAGUUUAAUCAGUCUUGCAGAUUCGGCUGCUGCUAUGGCCGGCGGCGUCGGACGCGGAAAACUCACUUCUCUGAUUGACCGACACGUUCCUCUGCCGCUGUAUAAGAAGAGCUCCUCGGUUUAUUCCCGCCGCAAACGAUCGCGUCGAGCUUCACCCAAAGAACAAGGCUAUCUAGGUGAAGACGAAGAUGACGAGAGUGAUCAUCCUGUGUCCAAUUACCGAUUGGCUGGAGUUGUGCAAAGACUAAAUAACGACACUCACGCUUCUACCAUUGCAAGUAACCAUGUCCAAGAGUUGAUUCGCAAUUCUCUUCGUCAAUCUGCUAAAGAGGGAAUUGAGCCUAUCUCCAAGAAUUUCUCGAACCUGAAGCCGUCGAACAAAGGACCCAAGCGAUUGUCUUUUGAGAAGAAUCCUAGCAUCGAGCCAAUUGACAAGGUUUUGUCGCCACUUGUCAACCCUUGGCAGGUCUAUCACGCUCACUCAUCGGCUCUAAGGAGCGUCAUUGCGAAGGCUGCACCAAGACAUGCAGUUCAAGAUAUUGCCGAGCCCGCCAGCAAACUGAUGCGAAGAUUGGUUUUACCUCGUGGUGAUGAUGAAUCUUCAAGCUCCGCCAAUAUGCUCCCCAUAUAUCCCAGUGACCUUUCACCCAACGUCACGAGCUCUUAUACUGCUCCCGCAAGCUAUACGUCUGCCAUUUCCCUGGCCAGCUACACUACGUCUACCCCGUGCGCGCCAACACCAACUAUGACUAUGGCUGCGUCGUCUAAUAUUGCUAGCGCCACCGCUAUCCCCAGCCUUUCAGCUUAUGAAAGUCCAAUGCUACUUCCUUCGUCACCUCACCUUGCACUCCAUUCGCCCAAUAUGGCCAACACACCUGGAAGUUUUUCUCCUUCUCCAGUUGACACCUCGGUCUUCCCUGACGCGGCUCUCAACACCCCUCAGCCGAACGAUGGCGGAAUGAACUCUGGCACUGGAACACUCGUCCUUUCCCUCAUGGCAGGUGGUCUAGGAUUAUGCGGUAUCUUUGUUAUCUUAUUUACUAUCCUCUUGAAGAAGAACGGAGGCUGGUUGGGAGUUUUCAAUUGGAAGCGCAAGCCUCGGGGUACAGCAUAUGAUGAGUUCAUCGAGGAAGAGAAACGUUGGUGGGUUCGGGAGACCAAAAUGGCAAAAGAGCAGUCUAGACAGUCGAUUUAUACUGCCGAGGAACAGUCAAAGGACGACAUAAGUCAUGCUACGAUAUCAGGUGGGAUGCAACAGGUUAACAUCGCCCGUAGUGCAUCUUGUGCACCAUCUAUUCCGCCAAUCGCCAACAUAGUCGACGGAAAAAUCAGCAUGGAUAGUAUACGUAUCGAGCUCCCUUGUUCUUCAGGUUCGGAUUGUCUUUCCAUCAGUAGUGAAAGUUCUGGGGAGCUCUCGAAUCCGUCUCAUGACGAUCACAAGUUUGGUAAUGCGGCUUCAAUCUUGAGUGAUAUGGGUAUAGUCCGAAGUUCAACCGAUGAGAUGUGUCAGCGAAUGUUACCAUCAGUCUCUCCAGGCCGUUCUAGGUCUGAAAGCAAAUCGUCAAUCCUCUCAAAAGCGUCCAAGAAAAGCAUGAGUUCUCUUUCGUCAUUUUUCCGUCUUGGACUCGCCGCCAAUCAAGUUGAUCCAAAAUUCAAGCUGGGUGCGGGAAUCAGCAGUGACGAUAUCAAUCGUCUUGCCCGAGAAGGCCGACUAGAUGCAUCUGAAUUGACCAAAGAAAAAGUCGGAAGUCUCCUCAAUCCUGGUAAGAUGCAGAUCUCAAGCCCGAUUAUGAAUGAUUUUACACAAACCUCGAUUGAUUUGGACGAAGAUUCCCCAGUGAACAAAGCGGAUCCCGAGUCAAGAUACAAUCUUCCAAGCGCACCCGUCUCAGUGGCAAAGCAGCCAAUAAUUGUAUCAUGGACGCCACCAGCUAUCUUGAUCACCGACCAUCCAUCUGAACUUAUUCCACCUUCGCCACCACCCCCGCCAGCUCCUCGUCCGAUCUCUGUCGGUACAACAUUCACUAGGUUCUCGACAGCGAGUUACCUAUCUGAGAAUGCAACCCCUGUCCGAGAUUCCAUUACCAAUUACUUCCCGGUGGUACCCUCUUCUCCGCCGCCAGCUCGUGACGGUGUCAGAAAUCCUACGUCAAGAUACGAAUCUUCUAUCAUUGACCCAGAGAUGUUGGCCUCACUCAAACGUACUAGCCACCCUAGGAGGGGAUCUUGGAAGACCUUUGGUGGAGAGCUUGCAAACGUCGAAACCCCGCUGCCUCCAAGAACUUAUUCGUCAUCAAGUAACCCGCGAAUCACCUCCUUGAGUAGUCUUCUAAACUCAAGAGCUCAAGGUACCUCAACAACGCAUGCCGGAAUCUUCCAUUCAAAGAUAGCAGCAUCGAGAUUUGCUACUCCUCAACGGUCCAGUCUCAGUAGCAUAGCAUCUUCUAAAACUAUCCGAGAAUUGGCAGCUGUGACAGAAGAUUUGAGGGCACUAAUUGACUUGGAUGCUGAAGCAGAUGAUUCGUGGCACGCCCCAACACAGUUUCAUAAAUCUGUUCCAGAUCGUGUUCCAAGAGGUUCACGUGCACCACCACCAAUCAGACCACCUAAGUCAGUCAAUCGUUAUAACCGAAUCAAAAAUAUGUCAAUCGAAUACGAAAGCACAUCUACACCUUCAUCCCCCGUCAAUCCUAAUAUGCAUUUCCCUAGUUCGUCUAUCAGUAGCGAGCACUCUUAUAGUUCAGAUUGGAGUUUAGAUAUGAUUCGACCUCCAAGCAAGCUUUACAAUCGAAACGGUGCUCAUUCACGUCCGGUAGGUAUCAUUGAAGUCAAUCCUUCCAAAGUCAAGAGUUCAAAUUCAGGAUCUUCACUUGCUACUGUCAUCUCAGCGGAUUCAAACACCAGUCUAUUUGAAAUCGCCAGUUUACACACUGCUCAUACUGUUAGAGGGGCUUCGGUCGAGUAUGUGGUACGAUCUCCACCUCAAGUGGCUUCAAGUAGACGAAGUGGUCCGAUGAUGGCAAUUGUUGAAGAAAUGGAUGAGAUGUCAUUGUCAGCUUUGUCAACCUCCACUGAAUCACAUUAG